AUGGGGAACGAGCUGCUACUGAGGCUGAGCUUCUGCUAUAGUGAGACAUUUACAGAUACAUCAGAUGGAGUUUUCAGUAUUACUGAAGGAGGGAUCUACAGGUGCAGAGGAUUUACGAAGAGAAACAUCCUUACACCUGAGAGUGAAGAGGUCAUCAUUUACGAGAUUGUUUCCAGCAGAGUUUCAGUGACUUUGGAGCCCAAAUGGUCUCAGAUAUACAGAGGAGAGAAAGUCACUCUGAGAUGUGAGAUCAGACGUGAAGAAACUCAGUGGACGUAUGAAUGGAGACCAAACAGAAACUCUGCAACAUCCAGUGAAUACAAGAUCAACUCAGCUACUGAGUCUGACAGUGGAGAAUACAGAUGUAGAGCUAAAAGUGGCUAUAAGCUAACAGACUGGAGUGAUGCCUUCAGACUGUCAGUGUUGUCAGUACGGAAGCCCAGAGCCACAGUGAGAGCAGAGAGAACAAUCAUACCAGCAGGGGGCAGCGUAACACUGAGCUGUUCAGUGGACGACUCUGCUGAUUGGAGGAUUUACUGGUUCAGACAGGAUUCAGAUCAGCCCAUAGGAAACAAUAAACCAUACGAAGACUUCAUGGUCUCAGAUGGAGGUCUGUACAGCUGCAGAGGAGGAAGAGGAGAUCCAGUUUUCUACACUGAAACCAGCACAAAGGUCACUAUUCAGAAAACUGUUUCCAUUAAAUCAACUGUGAUCCUGCAACCCAACUGGCCUCAGAUAUACAUUGGAGAGAAAGUUACUCUUAAGUGUGAGAUCCAAGAUGGAAGAUUUAGGUAUGGAACGAAGCAAUGGAGAAAAAACAACUUGAAUAAACCUGGAUGGUCCCAAGAAUACAUGAUCACCACUGCAACAGAAUUUGACAGCGGUGAUUACAGCUGCAGAGCAGGAGACAGGUUCUUCUUAUCAGUGUGGAGUGAUGUUUUCACAUUAGUUGUAUCAGUACGGAAGCCCAGAGCCACAGUGAGAGCAGAGAGAGCAAUCAUACCAGCAGGGGGCAGCGUAACACUGAGCUGUUCAGUGGACGGCUCUGCUGAUUGGAGGAUUUACUGGUUCAGACAGGAUUCUUCUGGAGCUAGUACCAAUAUUAACAAUGAACCAGGUGGAGUCCUCAGUGUCUCAGAUGGAGGUCUGUACAGCUGCAGAGGAGGAAGAGGAGAUCCAGCUUUCUACACUGAAACCAGCACAAAGGUCACUAUUCAGAAAACUGUUUCCAUUAAACCAACUGUGAUCCUGCAACCCAACUGGCCUCAGAUAUACAUUGGAGAGAAAGUUACUUUCAAGUGUGAGAUCCAUAAUGGAAGAUUUGGGUAUGGAACGAAGCAAUGGAGAAAAAACAACUUGGAUAAACCUGGAAGGUCCCAAGAACACAUGAUCACCACUGCAACAGAAUCUGACAGCGGUGAUUACAGCUGCAGAGCAGAAGGAGACAGGUUCUUCUUAUCAGUGUGGAGUGAUGUUUUCACAUUAGUUGUAUUACCGAAACCCAGAGCCACAAUGAGAGCAGAUAGAACAAUCAUACCAGCAGGGGGCAGCGUAACACUGAGCUGUUCAGUGGACAACUCUGCUGUUUGGAGGAUUUACUGGUUCAAACGGGACUUUGAGUCUUCUAGAGCUACAGACAUUAAAAACAAUGAACCAGAUGGAACUAUCAUCAUCUCAGAUGGAGGAAUUUACAGCUGUAGAGGAGGAAGAGGAGAUCCAGUUUUCUACACUGAAACCAGCAGAGAGGUCACUAUUCAGAAAACUGAUAAAGUCUCUGUGUCUCCAUCAUGGCUGAAUCCUGGAGCCUCAGUGACUCUGAGCUGUGAGGGUUUGGAGCAUCAAUCAGCAGGAUGGAGGUUCUUCUGGUAUAAAGCUGUUCCUGAUCCAUCCAAGUUGUACCAGACACCAUACUACACCUAUGAGCUGCUGCCUGGAAGCACCAACGGGACUGAGCAGAACUCCUUCAUCGUUCAGGGACAAAACCACACAGCAGGUUAUGUGUGCAGAGCAGGAAGAGGAGAACCAGAGUUUUACACUUAUUACAGUGAACCAAAGUUUAUCUGGUCUGCAGAUUCAGCAGCAGCUUUUCUCACUGUGAGUCCAAAAAGAGUUCAACAUUUUAGGUCUGAAUCCGUCACACUGACUUGUAAAGGAAACUUUACAGACUGGAGAGUGAAAAGGUUUACAGAAACAGGCCGACUGUCAGACUUUACCUGCUCAAACUGGGGGAGAAUGACUGGAUCUACAUGCACCAUCAACAGAUACUGGUCUGAUAGUGGAGUUUACUGGUGUGAGUCUGGAUCAGGAGAGUUCAGCAAUGCUGUCAACAUCACUGUACAGAAUAAUAAUUAUGAUGGUAUUAUCCUGCUGAGUCCUGUUCAUCCUGUGACUGAAGGAGAUCCUGUUACUCUGAGCUGCAGAGAUAAAGAAAAUCUUCUCUCCAAUGUGUUUUUCUAUCAUAAUGAUAAACUCAUCCAUAAUGACAGCAGAGAGGAACUGAAGAUCUCUGCAGUGUCAAAGUCAGAUGAAGGUUUCUACAAAUGUCAACAUUCAGGAAAAGAUUCACCAAGGAGCUGGAUGUCUGUUAGAGCAGCUGUGUCCAGUCCUGUCAGCUCUUCAUCUUCUGUCAUGUUGAUCGCUGGUCCAGUUGUUGGAGUCGUUCUCUUUAUUCUCAUUAUUCUCCUGAUCUCGUUGUGGUGCUGCAGACGGUCCAAAGAUUCACGGUCCAUCAGCUCCAGUCGGUCAGAGAGCAGCAAUCAGAGCUCCAACAGAAACCAUGUCAUCAACCAGACUGGAAGCCAUGGUUACAACACUCUGCUUCUCGGUGAUGUUGGUCUCUAUGAGUCAGUCAAAUCCCAUGGAGCUGCAGGAGACGGUGAUGUUCAUGUCUAUGAGUCAGUUAAAUGCCCUGAAACUGCAGGAGAAGAAGAAUCUGGAGAUGCUGCAUAUUCUCUCAUUGAAGUGAUGAACGUAGGACGAGAGAGGAGGCCUCAUGAGCGCACACCUUACUCUGUACUGAGAACAGAAGAUUCAGGAGCAUGGAGUCCUGCAGCAACAGAUGAGGCCGUUUAUUCAGAAAUCGCCAUGGAGACCGCAAGCUAAACUGGUUUAAUCUGCUAAAUAUGAGAUUAACUUUGCAAUAAGAAUGUAAAGAAAGCUGCAUUCAUGAACACAAAACAAUUAAACAAUAAAACAUAAAAUCUAAGUUGAUUAGUUACUAAAUACAGUCAGAUGUUUUGUAAUUUUGAUAAUAUAAUUGCUUAUGAAGGAUUAAUAUUAUUUUUAAGCACAAUCUAUGAGUUUUUCAUUUAAUUUGAUUCAUGUUUGAGAAUUUGCAACAUUUUUUUUUUGCAACAUUUUCGAAAGACAAAAGUCAGACGUGAGCUUUUGUGUGAAACUCUGGAGCUUUUUUGCCUGAUUAAAUGUAAAACCAUGUUCCUUUCGCACAUAGCAAAGUUAAACUUUAACUUGUCAUUAAAUGUGAACCAUAAUUCCCAUAAUUACAAGCAAUAAAAGCUUGAAAUAUCUCACUCUGUAUAAUGAAACUAUGUAAUAUAUGACUUUUACUUCCUGAAGUAAGUUUUCCAUGACAUUUAAAUUGUUUGAGUUGCAUUUAUAUAUCAUCACCUUCCUAAAGUUGUGGCUUAUGUCUCUUUUCUUUGCCAGAAAAGAUUUUUCACUUUUGGUAUAAAAAAAAACAAAAACAACAAACAAACAAAAAAUCAACUACGGCCAUUUUUUUAGGAAGGUGACAAAGGAAGUAGUUUGCACAAGAUACUUGUGCAACUUUAUCUUUCUGCAGCCGAAAAACAAGUUUAGUUAAAAUUCAAAGUGUGUGAUUGAGCAAUGGUGCACAGCUUUAAAAACCCUAAAUUCAUUAAACAACCCAUCAAAUUCAGAGCAGUUUGACUUUUCCUGUACUCAGUAAAUUGUCAUGAUUCUGAAAGAGUCCUGACAGCUGUCGUAGUUAAAAACCCCUCUGCAGUGAACAGGAAGCAUACUCAUAUAUUGAGUAAUGCUGCAGUCAAAGCUACUUCAGUUUUAAGACUGAGUAAUGGGAAGGAAACUCGUAAGCAGCUAUAAAGAAGUAGUAUUCUGAAGACUUCCCCUUUUUUCACAAGAUAGAAGAUUUCCUGGUUAUAGUUCAGCAGGUUGAGAUGUGAGGAUGGGACACGCUUGGCUUUACGUGCUGUUCUGUAAGUAAGUUUAUUAACUUUAAAAAUAGAUGAUUAAUUAAACUAAAGUUUUCUUAAAAUGGCUUCUUGUCUCUAAAUAAAUAAAUAAUUCAAGUAUCAGCUAUAUUGUUGUAUUAAAUUAUUUCAGAAAUGUUUUUAAAUGCCAGUUUUUCUCUGUUUUUGUGAUUGUCAUUCUUCCUGAUUGAUCCAUUUUUCAAACUUUUUCAUAAAUGUG